AUGUACCCCCCUAAAGCUUCCCCAAAAACCACAGAACAAACUCUGCAGGAUCCAGAGCACCACUACAGUCCUCCUCUGUGCACUUCUGAAUCUCUUCCGUCUUUUCUGCCUUUGAGCUGCAGCGGAGGCCCUGCCAAGCCGUUCGCCGUUCGCCGUUCGCCGCUCCAACCCUCCGCUUUGAACCGCCCCAAAUAA